ACACAAUUAUCCAUAAUUUAUAAUGCAAGCCUUUGCAAAGAUAUCGUAUGUACACUUUAUAGGGUAUAUAUACUGUACACAUGUUUAAACCAUGAACAUGAGGGAUUAGGAAAACACUCACUGCUGUAAUGACUUAGUCAUUCUUAAGGAAAUGUAUUCUUUAAAGUAUUUUGUGAGGCUAAGAGGCUGUGGGAAACACACACGCACACAAACAAAACACACACACACACACACGCACACUUGAGGGAUUUCUCAUAUUUGGCUGAGCUUUGUGCAACCAUUGGUCAGCCCCCUUCCUGUGAGUGUGUUUCCUGGGGCACGUUGUUUCAUGGCAGAACUCCCUCUGUAAGGAAGGAGAAUCUGUUGAAGACACAAACACAGAUACACACACAUACAGCCGGCUCUCGUCACUUGUUUUUGUUUCCUUGCUCCCCAGCUGGUGCGACCCUUCCCUCCCCUCUUUCUCUCUUUCUGUGGCUCUUCUCGGUCCAUUCCAGUUCUCUCCUCCCUGCGGUUGUGAGUGUGCUUUCUGGGUGAGCGAUGUGUUGUUCGGUGGGUUUCGCCAGGUCUCUGGGUCUGGCCCUGCUGCCUCUGGCCCUCUGCUGCAUCCUGGCCAACCUGCUGCUGCUGUUUCCCAUGGGAGAGAUCACCUACAUCCAGCAGGACCGUCUGGCCAGCUACAUCUGGUACUUUGGUGGACUUGGGGGAGGGGGAGCACUGAUGCUGGUUCCAGCUGUGGUCUUCAUCACUCUGGGGAAAUGUAACUGUUGUUGGAAUGAGAGCUUAAUGAUGUGCGGGUCAGUGUUGGCAGCUGUGGUCGGCCUGGUGGGGUCUGCUUACUGUUUCGUCAUGUCAGGAUUUGCCUUGGUGCAGGGUCCGCAGUGCUUCACUCCUUAUGGAUGGUCGUACCCCUUUGCAGACCAGGGGGGCAGGUAUCUCUUACAACCAGAGACGUGGUCACGGUGUCUUCAGCCGGUUCACAUCGUGGAGUGGAACGUGACCCUGCUGUGUGUGCUACUGGGCCUGGCUGUGCUUGAGUUCAUCAUCUGUCUCCUACAGCUGGGAAACGGUUUAGUCAACGCCGUCUGCCGGCCCUGUUGCUACAAGCAGGAGUAUAGUCUUAAUGCGUAGAUCAACGAGCACAUGCAUGUAGUUGUACCUGCAGAGACACACAUCAACAAUGCACACACUCAACAUGUAUGCAUGCACACACACACACACACACACACACAGGACAUUAACGGACACACGCAUAAGCGGAAGUCUGCACACACCUCAUUGCUCAGCACCGUGAGUGUGUGUGCAAGGACACACUUAGACACACCCACAGUACACAAGCAGUACCAUGGACAUCUGACAGCCACGUCAGUGUUAUCACUAUCUUUUCUAGCUUUGAAUUUGCCCUGUUAAAGCGGCAAAAAAUCACUAUGCAUUGAUUGAUGAUGAUGAUUAUGAUGAUGAUGAUGAUGAUUAUGAUGAUGAUGAUUAUGAUUAUGAUGAUGAGCUUUUCUGGUGCAGCAAGUCUCAACAUUUAAAAGGCAACAGGUUAUUAGUCCAUAAUAAUGUAGAUAUGUGUGUGAGUGUGUGUCCUGAAUACUCCAUGGAAACUAUUAUAAACUACAAUAAUAAAGACAAAGUAGAGCAUCCUUGAUAAUGAUAACGACAAUAAUAUUAUUAUUAAUAAUAAUAAGAGAUAUAUGGCAGAGUUUUCCCUAAAGUAACUAGCAGUGUGUGAACAUUUCAUGUGCCCUAUUUGCUUUUUUUAAAGAAGAAGAUAUAAAAAAAACUGUUUUUAGAUGUGACAAUUAUUCGCUUGAUGAAAUCUAUAUUCUUAAUUUCAAGGUUACUCACUUUCUUUCUUAUCAUUAUUGGCGGUAUACUUUCUGUAUCUUCAGAAACCCAACAACUACACUACCGCUGUUAUUGUUACAACAGAUGAUAUUACACUUCAAACCAAUGUUAUUAAACUAGUAUACUUAAGAUGGCACCUGCAUAUUGUUUGAUAAUGUUGGAAAGGACACAAGCUCUUGUGUCCUUAUUGAUGGUGUCCUUGCAAGGAGAGAUGCUCAUUUUCCAUUAUUAAGUUGAUUAUCUCGAUGCACCAGGAAGGAGUUGUUGUUGUUUCAACAUGUAUACACUGUUAGAUCACUUAAGGAUUACAAACAGAUUUUUGUGUUUGUUUGUACAUUUGUUUUCAUUCUCAGAGCAUUUUGUUGUAAAUUGUUUUCUUUAUGUCUAUUGGAAGCCAGAUCAGUGUAAACAGACUUUUUAUAUAUAUUUUAGUGACAUAUUUUUAUAUUGUUUGUAUGUGCCGCCUUUAAUAAAAAAUGACUUUCCA